ACAACUUUGUAUAAAUUUCGAAACCCAUUUUACGACAUGUUAUUCUACUUGAUCCUUUGGCUCCUGCCCUUGCUGCCUCACACAGCAUGUGGUUUCACUGUAACCGUCGAUGCUCAUGAAACCGUUUGCUUCUUUGACAUGGCACACGUCAACGACAAGCUUAGCAUUAGUUUUGAGGUGAUGGAGGGCGGCUUUCUAGACAUUGCAGUUCGCAUUACUGGUCCCAACGAGGACGUGCUCUACCAGGCCAACAAGGAAACAACCGGCAUCUACACCUUUACGGCCAUUCAAAAUGGCAGUCAUACUCUAUGCUUCGACAAUCGACGCUCCACUCUGACGCCCAAGAUCGUCAUGUUCCAGUUGAAGGUAAUCCGCGCCCUGUCCUACUACAUUGAUCCCUCAUUGCGCCACGACGAUGUCAUGGAGCAGGUUAUGGUCCAGGAAAUGGUCAAUAUUCUGUCUGGCAAGAUGCUUGCAGUAAAGCAGGAGCAGGAAUACAUGCACGUGCGCUACACUGGACACCAGGGGGUCAGCGAAAACACACACUUUCGGGUCGUGGCCUGGUCCAUGCUGGGACCCACGAUGCUCUUGCUCAUGACCGUCGUAGAGGUUUACUAUCUGAAACGUUUCUUUGAGGUACGGCGUAUAGUCUAGUUACUAAUAUUAGCUGAUGCUUCCUUAAAAUAAAUCGUUUUUAAAAGAAA